AUGGUGCUUUUACAUCGGAACAAACAUUGAACACUUUCUGUAGUAGUUUUCACUUCCGGGCCGGAAUCGACUGCUCUGUUGCUGUCGUCUUUCUGCUCUCUUCUCCCCCCAGUUCGUGAAGCACAUUAGGACAAAGUUUGCUUUUAUCCACGACGACACUGCAGCAUUUGACUGCAAAAAAAGCCGUCAUGGUGUUUAAAUUCACUGUCAGCAGCGCCUGGAGGGCAACGAGGACGCUGUGGCUGCUCAUGCUAGUCAGUGUGUCUGUGAGCAUCUGUGUUUGCCGAGCAGCAUCUUCUCUGGAGGAGGACAGUGCCAUGGAGAACAUCGUCACAGAGAAAAGGGCUGAGGAGAGCCACAGACAGGACACCGCGGACCUGCUCAUCUUCAUCAUGCUCCUCACCCUCACCAUCCUCACCAUCUGGCUGUUCAAGCACAGGCGCUUCAGGUUUCUGCAUGAAACUGGACUGGCCAUGAUUUACGGUGUACUUGUUGGCGCGGUGUUGCGCUAUGGUAUCCAUGUUCCUCGGGACAUUAGCAACGUCACGAUGAGCUGCCACGUUAACUCCAGCCCCGCCACCCUGCUGGUCAACGUCAGUGGCAAAUUCUACGAGUACACUCUGAAAGGAGAGAUCGGUGCCAACGAGGUGAACGACAUACAAGAUAAUGAGAUGCUGAGAAAGGUGACCUUUGACCCUGAAGUGUUCUUCAAUAUCCUCCUACCUCCGAUCAUCUUCCAUGCUGGCUACAGCUUGAAAAGGAGACACUUUUUCCUUAAUAUGGGAUCCAUCCUGGCCUACGCCUUCCUGGGAACAGUUGUUUCCUGUUUUGUUAUUGGGCUGCUGAUGUAUGGCUGUGUGUUGCUGAUGAAGCAGGUGGGACAGCUGGGUGGAGACUUCUUCUUCACCGAUUGUCUUUUCUUCGGAGCCAUUGUCUCAGCCACAGACCCCGUGACGGUCCUGGCUAUCUUCAGCGAGCUGCAUGUGGACGUGGAUCUCUACGCUCUGCUGUUCGGAGAGAGCGUACUGAACGAUGCGGUUGCCGUGGUUCUGUCCUCGUCUAUAGUAGCGUACCAGCCACAAGGGGACAACAGCCACACGUUCGAGGUCAUGGCGCUGCUGAAGUCUUUCGGGAUGUUCAUCGGGGUUUUCAGCGGCUCCUUCGCUCUGGGAGUGGCCACCGGAGUCGUCACUGCUCUCGUCACUAAGUUCACUAAACUGAGGGAUUUCCCGCUGUUGGAGACGGCUCUGUUCUUCCUCAUGUCCUGGAGCACGUUCCUGCUCGCUGAGGCCUGUGGCUUCACAGGUGUGGUCGCGGUGUUGUUCUGUGGCAUCACUCAGGCUCACUACACCUUCAACAACCUGUCUCCUGACUCCCAGGACAGAACCAAACAGCUGUUCGAGCUGCUGAAUUUCCUGGCAGAGAACUUCAUUUUCUCCUACAUGGGCCUGGCCCUCUUCACCUUCCAGAGCCACGUCUUCAAUCCCAUGUUCAUCGUGGGAGCUUUUGUGGCUGUGUUCAUUGGAAGAGCUGCAAACAUCUACCCUCUGUCGCUGCUCCUGAAUCUGGGCCGACGCAACAAGAUCAGAUCCAACUUCCAGCACAUGAUGAUGUUCGCAGGACUGCGAGGCGCGAUGACCUUCGCUCUGUCCAUCAGGGACACGGCCACAUACGCCCGUCAGAUGAUGUUCACCACCACUCUGCUGGUGGUCUUCUUCACUGUUUGGAUUUGUGGAGGGGGCACCACUCAGAUGCUGUCCUGCCAGCACAUACGAGUGGGAGUGGACUCUGAUCUAGAUAACACAUCGAGUAUCACUGACGGCUCAGAGAGAAGAAGCACCAAACAAGAAAGUGCCUGGCUCUUCAGAAAGUGGUACAACUUUGACCACAACUACGUGAAGCCCAUCCUGACUCACAGCGGCCCCCCCCUCACGGCCACGCUGCCCCCCUGCUGCGGACCCCUCGCCCGCUUCCUCACCAGCCCUCAGGCCUAUGAGAAUGAAUGCCAGUUGAAGGAUGACGACUCCGACCUCAUCCUGACAGACGGUGACCUCAACCUGACCUACGGUGACAUCACAGUCAGCACCGACGCGUCAGGGUCCCACACCAGUGGAGCUCCAGCCUUUGCGGGCGCUUCCACCUCGGAGGACUUGGACAGAGAGCUGACGUACGGAGACCACGAGCUGGUGAUGAGGGGCACGCGCCUGGUGCUGCCCAUGGACGACUCUGAGCCGCCCUUCACAGACCCCCACCACCACCUACGGAUGUGAAGACCGUCUUUCAGAGCAGACCCAGACAAACCGUCCGACUCACACUUACCCGAGCCAUUGAGCAAAGACCAGUACCUGACACCCCUCCUCUUCCUCCUGCCUCAUUCCUCUUCUUCCCACACUUUUUCUUCCCGGUUUCAUUUUCUCACUUCCUCUAGUGACAAAUCAAUGUCUCUACCUCAUUUUCGCUCUGCUCUUUUCACACCUCUCUGGCAUCUGUCAUAAUUGUAAUAUAGACUUAUUUAUUUGCAAUUAUUAUCUUUUGAUAUUCAAUUAUCUUAGUUUGGCUUAAAACGGUGUGUCAGUCACCUUGCUGUAGCAUUGCAGAGGUCUAGCAGCAUGUGUUAGUGUGUAAAUGCAAGUACCAACCACUAGCUUAUUUGUGGAUGUACAUUAUAUCACCAGAGUACUAUAACUUUGAUAUGCAUGCUGAGGAUGCUUGUUUUUUUUUUCUUCGUAUGGGAGGCUGAGGGCUUUCUGUGAUUUGGGUCUGACCUUGAAUGUUGCUGACCCAGUGGACGACUUUACUGUACGUUUUGUUACAAUCAAGUGCCUGGGAAUUGUAGUUGUAAGCCUGACAACCCAUGAUCAGCUCUUGUAAGCAGAGCCAGUUCAGGAUGGGCGGUAGUUUUCCUUUGUAAAAAAGAAAAAAAAAUACAAAAACUAUCCAGACAUCUCCGUCCAUAAGGUAGCAAUAUACUCAGUGAGUGUUUGGGCUGUCAGUUUGUGCUAUUGGCCUGUAAAUAGUCUGUAACAAUGUGAUGCCACUGAUGCAGUGUAACCUGGCAGUGAAAGUUGUUGAUCUCUCCCAAUGACCUUUGACUGUGACAUAGAGAGGGACUUUACACCUUAUUUUAGAAGCUGAUGUCGCUCACAGCAGAUUGAAGGGCUGUUGUUCCGAAAUUAAAAGAGAAAGAUUUGUGCCAUUUCUGUGCUGCAUUUGGACAUUUAGUGAAAACAGAAUGCAGACGACCUUUGUAUUAUUUUUGCAACAGAGCUUAAGUAUUUUAAGCCGAGUCACAUUUGUCAUAGACAUUUAACUUUGUGCAUACAUUUUCUAUUUCAAUCGUACAUUAAUUUAAGACUUUGGAUGAAAAUCUUCUGAUUAGAAGAAGCUGAAAAAACAGAGAGAUGAACUGGACUCUUAAGGAAACUGUUAUUGGUUAGUCAUUUUGACCAAUAAUAAGAACUUAGUACCAUGUUACUGGUAAGCACACUAACUCACAAUUUUGUGAAUACGAUUAAGCUUGAUUUGUUUUUCAUAUCAACAGUUACAAACCCAUAGAUAUUCACUUUAUACCCAUGGAAAAAUAAGCAAAUGUUUAGAUUUGAGAAGCUGGACGCAGUGAAUGUGAGGCAUAUUUGCUUAAAAAAUAUAAUUAUUAUCAACAUUUUUUGUUUGUCAAUCGACUAAACAAUAGAGAUAAGAUUAAUGAGGACCAUACAGUCUGUGAAGAAGACAGAAAAGUCUACCUGAUUAUUAUUCUAAUCAAUGUAUCUCUGAUAUUAAGCUUGGCGCUGCGGCAGUUCAUCAUUAUGAGAAGAAUAGAACAACAUUAGUUGCUGAUGUGCUGGAUGUUUCUCUCUGCUGUACACAAUUGUGAUCUUGAGGGGUUAAUGAUUGUCGGUCAGCUGUUACUGCGGGUCUUACAGGAAGUGUUGAUAGGGUGUCACCGUGGCAACGCUGUGUUGAUGUUGACGGAAGCCAAGAAACAGUUUGAACGUGGUGACUUAUUUUAACACUACCGUUUUGUGGUCUAUCGUCUUGGUGAGCUGAAUAAACAAAUGUUGGUGUUUGCAAAAUGGAAGCCCGAGAAGAUUAAAGGGUUUCUUAAAAGAGUGAAAGUAAUAUAAGAUAAAAAUGAGAAAUGGGGGAGGGAUAGUCGGACGUGUGUUGGUGAUGAUACAGAGGUGGAAGGAAGAGACGACUUUAAGAUAUUGCUUUUCCUUCCACAGUUAUCUUCUGCUGUGCAGGAACUCCUAAUGGAAAGUGUUCACAACUUAUUGACACCACAUUAUCCAGGAAACUCUUUUCUUUUGACCAUUUUAUACUUUUUGUCUGUGCUAUUAUUUCAUUUUGUGUCAGCGAGAUUAUGAAAAAAAGAAAGCUGAAUCAUUUGCACUCAUCCAUGAGGAAUGUUUUAUUGUUUUUCCUCUGGUGUUUUAUCUCGCAGCUGCUUUUAUAUGAUUUUCCUUUAUGAUUUGAGAGGUUGUUGAAUAAUUAGCUAAUUUAAAUCAGUUUAAUGAAUCUUGAUCAGUAGACGUUGAGUUGGUUUAUUGAUAUUUCUUUGUAAAUAAUUCAUUCCACAUUGCAGUGACCACAGAGAAGGAUAUAUAUAAGUCAUUUUAUACUGUUGUUUCAUCUCAUCCAUUCACCAUUCAGGUACAUGUGUUAGUUUGAUGCUGUGGACACGACUUCUACAGAGCAUGAAUCAUUCAUCUUUCACUGAAAGGAAGAAAAUAUAGAACAUAUAUACAAGCAGAGUGUGUGCCCCUGAUCUUCAACUGACAUAUGAAAUAAUGUGAAAUCUGCAAAAGCUGAAAUGUUGGUGUUUGCGUACUGCUCUGCCAGCGUCUCUCUGUUCUCUGAAUGGUGACUUGUGAUCGGCUUUUAUCGUUGGAACUCCUGUCUGAAGUAGCUGACCAAAGAGGCCUGCUGUGCUUUGUGUUUUCAGACAGUCCACUCUAUCUUUAUACUGCAAACUCUCUGUGUGUGAAUGUGUGUGUGUGUGUCAUUCCUGCAAGUGUAUAUGGAUGUGUGUACUUGUGUGUGUGUGUGUGAGAGGGAGAGAAGGGAUGUUCUCUUCCUCUGUGUUGCAGGUACUGACUGUUUACAUCUGUGUAAAUAUCCUCUCACCUGUUCAUGUGCGUGCAACAGUCAAUAAACAGAAGCCUGUGCUUUUGAUUAAAGCCCUCGCUCUAAUGGCCUCCUCA